UGCGCGCCGCAACCUCCCAAGCACGCGUUAUUUGCGUCGUUUAAAAAACAACAAAAAUAAUUCACGUGUUUGCCCAAGUGGGGCCCAAAAGCCGCGUUUUGUGCGCCCUCCUAAUUAAUCCCAGCGCUGAUUGUGUUCGUAAUCCCGUGUUUCGUCCCAGUGUUGUUAAAUGCGUAGCAGGCCGUGAACUUUGCUCAGCAAAUGGCUGUCAAAAAAUCGCACCAUGUUGUGAAGAAAUAAAAACAAUAAUAAUUCCGAUUGCGUAACGCGUUGCGAAAUAAUCGUGUGAGUCCCGAAUGCGUGAAAAGACGUGAAAAUGCCUGCCCCCAAGCAGAGGAAAAUCGCGCUGAUGGGCUACCGCUCGGUGGGCAAGUCCUCGCUCAGCAUGCAGUUCGUCGAGGGCAAGUUCCUGGAGUCGUACGACCCCACGAUCGAGAACACGUUCAAGAAGUCGCUCCGGAUCAACUCCACCGAGUACGAGCUCAUCCUGGUGGACACCACCGGCCAGGACGAGUUCUCCAUGUUCCCCUCGCAGUACAGCCUGGACGUGCACGGCUACGUCCUGGUGUACAGCAUCGAGAACAUGAAGUCGUUCGAGGUGGUCUCGGCCCUGUACAACAAGCUGGUGGACAUCACCGGGAAGACGUACUUCCCCUCGGUGCUGGUGGGGAACAAGUCGGACAUGUUCCAGUGCCGCGAGGUCUCGGCCGAGGAGGGCCGCAAGCUGGCGGAAAAGUGGAAAGCCACCUUCUUGGAGACCUCCGCCAAGCACAACAUCGCCGUGGCCCAGGUGUUCCAGACGCUGCUCAACGAUAUCGAACGGGCCGACGGCAACGAGAAGCCCAGCUGUAGCAUCAACUGAUUAGCUAAUUCAAAGACUGUUGUUAUAUUUUUAAAGUGGCAUAGUUUUCUAUCUAUUUUUUUAUAUAUACACUAAUCUGGUCUGUGUUGAGGUGCACACCUGUGAGAUUUGUCUAUUAACCGAUUUUUUUUCCUAGUUUAAGCGUAAGUGAUGUAGGUUUUUAAGACGAAGUUCCCUUCAUUCUAUUGAUGUACAAAAUCAUGUUUCGCAGAUUUGGCGCCAUUUAUUGGGGGUGAAUUAUUUGUAGAUUUUAAGUGUUAGCUCUGUUUGUAUUUAUUUCCGUUUAUUCUAAGUAAAUGAAUUUUUUACGGUUUGAGGUUGACGUGCAAUUUUCGGGACCUCAAAGAUUUACAUUUUCCCAGUGCUUUGCUUUUGUGCAAGUUGGACAAAGUUGUAUUGGAAGGGCCGGGAUUUGGACGACUUUGCGCAAAAUGCAAACUAAUUAUCACUUUUUGUAUAAAUAUAAUUUUCAUCUGUUACUGUGGUGUAAACUUAAUUGUUUGUAUUAAUGUAUGAAAUACAGAUAUAAAUGAAUUGGAUACUUUA